AUGGCUUGGAGAUCAUCGGGCGCAUCACAUAGAGAAUUAAUUGAAAAUUUAUUUAAAAAUGGUCUUAUUAAAGAUCAACAUAUUAAAGAAGCAAUGUUAAGUAUUGAUCGAGCUGAUUUUACUGAUCAAAAAUCAGAUGCAUACGAAGAUCGUCCUCAAUCAAUUGGUUAUGCGGUAACAAUCAGUGCUCCACAUAUGCAUUGUUUUGGAUUAGAAAUUCUUAAAGAUCAUUUGAAACCUGGAGCUAAAGUUCUUGAUGUUGGUUCAGGUUCAGGAUAUUUAACAGCAUGUAUGGCACGUUUAGUUCGUCCAGGUGGUAAAGCAGUUGGUGUUGAACAUAUUCAAGAACUUGUUGAUAAAUCAAUAGUUAAUUUAAAGAAAAAUAAUAAAGAUUUAUUUGAUGAUGGUAGUCUUGAAAUUCAUAAAGGUGAUGGUCGACAAGGUUAUGCUGCUGAAGCACCAUAUGAUGCUAUUCAUGUUGGUGCAGCUGCACCGGAUACUCCACAUGAAUUAAUUCGUCAACUUAAAGUUGGUGGAAGACUUAUUUCACCUGUUGGUGGACGUGAUCAAGAAAUGAUAACAUAUGAUAAAAAAGAGGAUGGUACAUAUCAUGAACAAAGACAUAUGGGUGUUAUGUAUGUUCCAUUAACAGAUGAAAAAAAACAAUAUGCAAGUGCUGGAAUACGAAAAGAUUUAUGA